UGACAGCGGUCCGUCCCGCCCCUUUCUGUUUGCUGCAGCGAGGUGGACUUGCAUCCUCCUGGACACCUGGGCGCUCUGCUGCCCGCCCGCCGAGCUCCUCUCUCGGCUCUCAGAGGUCCAGAGCUCCGCGGCUCCUCAGCGGGUCUCUGUCAGCUCGCUGCCCGGCCCAGAGCGCUCUGAGGUCGGUCAGACGACGGACAACAGCCCCUCAGAUGAAGACUUUCAUGCCUCACCUUGCGAGCCAUGCGCGUGCGUGUUGGUGUCCGGGGCAGGGGGAGGUGGAGAUUGUUCUGCUGCAUGAAAAGGUUCCGAACCGGGAGUCUGAUCCAGAACUCAGGAUGCCGAACGAGGAGCUGAGAUGGUCCGCAUAUGGAAACCAUGGCAACCAAGCAGGGCGCACCGGAGACAGAACCCGACCAGAACAUGAGGAUGAGACUGAGGCAGGCCGGGCCUUCAGUCUGUUAGAGCUGGGCAUCAAAAUCACCUCAACGGUCCAGCUGUCACAGUCUGACCUCUGACCCCUCUGAGAAGCAGCAGGAGCGCCAUGCAGGGCGGAGCAGCGGAGGCGGGGCCGUCCCCCCUGACAGAACAUGGCGGCCUCAUCGACACCCACAGGCCGGGGGCGGAGCCUCCCCAACAGCUGGACCCCGGCGCCCUGCCCCCCCCGGCCUCCGGCCUCCUGUUUCGGCUGUGGGCGGAGUCUGGGGGCGGAGCCUGCUGUGAGACGACCUUCAUCGAAAGCCCCACCCCCACCUGUUGCUCAGCCGGAUCUUCCAGGGAGACGUUGCGACUCUCUGACAGCAAGUUACUGGAGCUCAGUGGAGAUGAGGCCAAGAUUCCCCCGAUGACCUUUGACCCGGUCGGAGACGAGGAGCUGGAGAGCGAUCUCUCCAGCUCCUCCACUCACAGCGAUGACGACUUCCUGCUGCUUCCUCCCAGAGAUCAUCGGAGCCUCAGCGUUUUCUCCAUGCUCUGCUGCUUCUGGCCGCUCGGCAUCGCUGCCUUCUACCUGGCGCAGCAGACCAGCCGGGCGGUGUCUACAGGUGACCUCCACCUGGCCGGCUCCACCUCCAGGCGGGCGCUCUUCCUCGCCGUUCUCUCCAUCACCAUAGGAACCGGCAUCUAUGUGGGCGUCGUCGUGGCGCUCGUCGCCUACCUGUCCAAGAACCAGAAGUGGUAACCAUGGCAACAGAGGCUGGGUCUGGAGCCUCCGGGGUUCUACAGGUUUUUGGACUUUUGUGUCUUUUGGUUCUAGAUUUUUCUCUGAAGGUUUUUGAAUGUUUGUAAACCAUCAUCAUCACCAUCAUCAGACUUUACCUGCCGGGUGGAUGAAGAACCAACAGAACCUGCUGUGGUUCUGGUCCAGACGGUUCUGAUUCCCACUGGGAGGUUCUGGUUGCUCUGAACUGAAUCUGGGUUUGUUUUCCUUCUGCAGCCUGUUCUGGUUCUGGUUCUGGUUCUGUCCACGGAUCUCCCGGUUUCUGAUUUGAUGGAGCCGGGUUUUGUUCACAGUGACAAGGGCCGAUGGUGUCGGACCGGCCCAGCAGAACCACGUGGGCCGGGUUUCCCUCAUUCAGAUGUGGACGAGGUUCUGCAGCUCUGACCCUGAUGCAGGUUCUGUUCAGGUUCUGGUUUCAAUCACGCUGCCACCUGAGUGUCCAGAGCCCGACCCGACCUGACCCGGUCCCCCCCGGUGUUACUUCCUGCGUCAGCAGAACUAAUCUGUCCUCUGAGCUCAUUAACGUCCUGAUCCGUUUAGCUGCUGCUAAUAUGAACCAGAACCAGCAGGUUCUGCCAGAACUCAGAAUGUCUGAUGAGGCUGUGACCUUUGACCGAGGUGCGGCCCAGGUUCUGGAGCCGUUUUGGGCCGAUCCUCUCCAGAACCGGUCUCCUGUGGUUCUGUUCAUGACCCGUUUAGCUCCAUUUUGUUCCUAAAUAAACGGAUUUUCCAAUACUUGAUCCUUUGAUCUGAACGUCAUUAAAGGAAAGUCUUUGGAGCCGCUGACCUUUGACCUCGGGAGCAGCCGGGGUGGGGAGGGACGUCUCCAUGACGACGGGCUCCGGCUCGGCGCCACCUGCAGCUCAUUUGGACGAUGUUCAAUAAAAGACGAACACGCUGA